AUGUCAAGAUCUAAAAUAAACUACAACACAGUACAAGAUAAUAUAAUGGCGGCACCAGGCUUGAUUGAACUGAUUCAAAACGGUAACUUGCACAGACGUGUAAAGGAUUCUGUGUAUGAUGAAAAUCUUGCAAAAUCUUAUCAGGAAUUAGUUGAAAAAACAGGGCUUACUUCUACAGAUGACAUUAAGUUCGAUCCAUCUAAGCAUUUAAAAUAUUAUUCCGAAGAUCCAAUCGAUAAACAUUCAUUUCACAACACGAGAAGAUUGACCAUGGAAGAGCUUGGGUUAUCGAACAAGAAUCAAAUAUCCCCAAUCGGUGUGAGCGAUCCUUUUCCAUUAUUCACAGAUGAAGCUGUCAACAUCAUGAAGCAGGAAAUAUUGAAAAAGGAGAUCUUUUCCAAGUAUGCAAGACACUGCUAUAACUCCACGACCGGUCUCGACUGCAAUCUUAGGGGAUAUGUUAAGAAUGGGUCCGAGAUUAGUACUCCAUUUAUCUAUCAGGCAUGGACACACCCGAAGACUACUGAACUAGUCAGUACUAUGGCAGGUGUUGAACUUGAAGUUAUUAUGGAUUAUGAAAUAGCCCACGUCAAUAUUGGUAUAAAAGAUCCUAAGGUUGCAGAAGAAGAAAAAUUAAGAAAUUCGGAUGUAGCAUCGAAAUCUGUGGGUGAUAGUGAGGAAAUUCCCGCUAUUGUUGGCUGGCACUAUGAUAGCUAUCCUUUUGUCUGUGUUUUAAUGUUAAGUGAUACCAGCGAAAUGAUCGGUGGGGAAACUUCAUUAAGAAUGGGAGAUAGGGGAAAAGUUGCUAUCGUUCCUGGGCCACAAUCAGGCUCUGCAGCUGUAUUACAGGGACGGUUAAUUGAACACAUCGCCCCAAGCCCGAUGGGUAUGACUGAGCGUAUUACUAUGGUUACCUCAUACAGAGCAAAGGAUCCCUUAGUAAGAGAAGAUUCAGUUUUAUCUACAGUCAAACCAGAAAUCAACUAUGGAUCCAGAUAUAACGAUUUCUAUCCACAAUGGAUACAAUAUCGUGUUGAUAUCAUGAAAAAGAGAUUGGACUACUUGAAUAAUAACUGCAAAGAUGACAAAGGUACAUUUAAUAAAGAAUUUGCCACGUCCUACUUGAAAGAAAUUGAGGCGUUCUUGAGGAAGACGUACGAAGAGAUGGCCGUAUCUAGUGAAGAAUGGCAGAGAAGUUCCAAGGAUACGGAUUUCUGA